AUGAAUUUUUUUUCAUUUGAAUUUUCAUUUAAUUUUAUUCUGUGUUACAGUGGAUGUUAUUUCCCUUCCAAGGAAAUACAAAAUAUGUAUUAAAUACCGUAUAAGUAAAUGCAGCUUUGUUCCAAUUUUACUGAACUUCAUAAAGGACAUAGUUAACUUAUGUAUUUGAAGAAAUUAAUGGAAUAAUAACCAUAUAAAAAUGCUUUUAACUAGGAUAGGAAGAUUUUUCAGGAAAAAUUUCCACAGAGCUUCUAAGCCAGAAGGUUUUUCACAAGUAACUUAUUUUACUAACUACAAAACGAAGGACAGCUUUUUCAAUUAUGACCAGUUCAAGUAUUUGACAAUGAUAUUAUCCGGCUACUGUGCAUAUGCUUAUUAUAACAAAACCUCAAUAAUUCCAAGAGUGAAAGCAGAUGUGAACCAUCUAUUCAAUCCUGGUGGAAGAAAGAAUUAUAAUUUCUUAGCUGAUGUUGUAGAAAUAGUAGCUCCAGCUCUUGUGUAUAUUGAGAUUAAGGACAAAAGGUUGGAUUUCUUUACCGGCAAGCCUAUUACAGUUUCCAAUGGUUCUGGUUUUUUGGUAGAAUCAGAUGGUUUAAUUGUUACAAAUGCACAUGUAGUAACUAAUAGAUUUAAUGCAAUAGUUGAAGUAAAACUGUAUGAUGGGAGAACUUACAAAGGGGUUAUAGAAAGCGUAGAUGUACAGAGUGAUUUGGCCACUGUGAGAAUUCCUGAAAAAAACCUCCCAGUUAUGAAAUUGGGAAACUCUUCAAACCUGCGUCCUGGGGAGUUCGUUAUUGCUUUAGGAAGUCCUUUAGCUCUAAGCAAUACCGUUACAUCUGGUGUUGUAAGUUCAGUGCAUCGAGGUUCACAAGAGCUUGGCAUCAUGGGAAAGGAUAUGAAUUACAUCCAGACAGAUGCAGCUAUUACUUUUGGUAAUUCCGGUGGACCUUUGGUGAAUCUGGAUGGAGAAGCUAUUGGUGUUAAUAGUAUGAAAGUUACACCAGGUAUUUCUUUUGCUAUUCCAAGCAAUUAUGUGAAGGAGUUCUUGGACAAUUCAAAGAAGCAUGCAAUAAAGGGCUACAAUAACUCUAAGAGAAAAUAUAUGGGUAUAACGAUGAUAACAUUAUCCCCUCAGCUUAUAAUAGAAUUACAAAUGAGGAGUAACCAAGUUCCUAGAAAUAUUCAAAGUGGAGUUUUAGUAUGGAAAGUUAUUUUUGGAUCACCUGCACACUCGGCUGGUCUACAUCCAGGUGAUAUUAUCACCCACGUCGAUGGAAAAGAAAUAUCAGGAGCAAAUGAUGUAUAUACCAUUCUAGAAAAUUUAGCUGCAGAGUCUUUAAUAUUAACUGUGUUUCGUAAUGGUAAAACCAUGGAUAUCAAAGUUACACCUGAAUCUUGAGAUAUAUUACACACAUAAGACAAUACAUUUUAUUCAAUGGUUCUUUUUGUUUCUUUUAUAUGAUAUGAUGACAUAAUCAUUCAUUAUUAAAUAGAGGCUGAAUGUAUUCUAUAUACAAAGUUUAAAAUAAAAUGAUGUAAAUUUUUUUUUAAUAUAUGUAUAUAGUUCAAA